GAUGACUCUGCAGAAGCUCUGCAUUUAAGUCAAAGAGGAGCAGAACUGGUGCAGAGGUUUGAUGAAGAGUCCGUCUGCAGGUGCAACAAUGGCUGUGAUGCUUCUCUUGCUGACCUUUGGGGUCGGGCUUGGAUCUACAAUGGAUGCUGUUCAUGCACCACUUCACCUGGAUCUCGCUCCCAACUCUGUUGAUGACAUGUAUAAAGGAUGUGAUUCAAAAAUGGAACAACUGGCAGCAGAGCUCUUGGAAAAGGAAAAAAGUAUGAACCGAACCUUUACGCUGGCUUGGCAUAAAGCACAAAAUAAAUUUGAAGCGGAAUCCAAAAAGAAAUUCCAACAGCGCCUCAACAAGAUCCGCAACAAGAUCCUGAGCAAGAUCACUGGCAAGAUCACUGGCAAGAUCACUUUGAAGGAGAAAAUGGCCGUCUACGCUUACACUCUUGACCAGCCCAAGCUUUAUGCAGAGUUCAAUCAGGCCGUGCGCACUGAGGCAUCCUCCUACAGAACCACCUUCCAAUAUCACGCUCUCCACUUCUACCUGACCACUGCUGACUCAAAUCCAAGCAGGGCAGGAGAUGUCGCACUGUCUACCGCAGGGUUGGACUCAGCUUUUCCCGAGAUGUUAUGAACAAAUCCUUUCGGUUUGGCUCAUUCACCUCCAGCAGCAUGGACGGCUACGCGAGCCCAGCAUUUGGUAAAACAUGCUUUAUGAUUGAGACCUGCUUUGGGGCAGACAUUUCUAAAUAUUCUGAAUUUCCAAAUGAACAUG